AAAGUGGAAACAUCUCCUCGGCUUAUCCUCCCUAUAUUUUGUUUGUAUAUUUCUAAUGGAAGCAAAUGACUUCUCAGUCUUCCAAGGAUAACCGAUAUAACCUAAGAUUUCGUACAAGAGAGUAGUUAAAAAUGUAAGCUUUAUUUCCCAUUUCUUGAAUAUCCUAUUCUUGUUUUCACCAAAUGGCCACUUCUUUAUCACACUCGCCGGCGUUCUUGAAUGUCAUCCAUGGAAGCUCUAAACCCAAACUACCAUUCCCCAAAAUUAGCUUUUUUCCGGUUAAGAAGGGACAAUUUCACUUGAAGUCCAAGUAUUUCGCUACAUUUCGUGAAUUUGCUAACCCCAAGACCUCAAAAUUUCCCAAAUUGUUAGUUCCAAGAGCGUCCCCGGAUGAUUUGAUUGAAGCGAUUGAAAAGGAGGAGAAGCCGGCGAAAUCCCUGCUCUGGGCGUUGUUCUGGGCUUCUGUAUCGAUAUGUUUGUUUGCAGUUUCUGGGGAUGCUAAGGCUUCCGCUGCGGCUGAUUCUAUCAAAGCUUCGGGGUUUGGUGUGAAGGUGGCUACUGCUUUGAGGAGUUUGGGGUGGCGAGAUGAGAUUGUUGUAUUUGCCUUGGCUACAUUGCCUGUUCUUGAGCUUCGUGGGGCAAUUCCUGUGGGUUAUUGGUUGCAGCUGAAGCCUUUGUCCCUCACUGUGUUGUCUGUUCUAGGGAACAUGGUUCCAGUGCCUUUCAUUGUGCUUUACUUGAAGAGAUUUGCGAAUUUCCUGGUUCAGAACAACGAGCCAGCCUCUCGGUUUCUGGGAAUGUUUUUGGAUUGGGCAAAGAAGAAGGCUGGUCCCGUGGAGGAAUUUCGAUGGCUUGGUCUGAUGCUGUUUGUGGCCGUACCAUUCCCAGGAACUGGAGCUUGGACGGGAGCUAUUAUCGCUUCGGUCCUUGAAAUGCCAUUCUGGUCUGCGGUUUCAGCCAACUUUGUAGGUGUCGUCUUGGCUGGGCUCCUCGUAAACUUGCUGGUAAACCUCGGGCUCAAGUAUGCGAUUAUAACUGGAGUGAUACUAUUCGUCGUUUCGACUUUCAUGUGGGGUGCCCUUCGAGGUAUAAAACGAUCUCUCAACUUAUCACCAUGAUGCCAUAUUGUGUAAGUUUGGACUAGCUAAAAUGGCAUUCUUUGAUCACAUUCUCUUCUUUUGUGUUCUAUAUUAAACCUAAAUGCAUAUAUUGGAGAGAACUGAUGGUUAAAUUUCA